GGUUUUACAAAGAUCCUAUUUUUGAAGUUCUACCUUUUGGCCUGUAGAUGGAGACAAACACCAACCGUCUGGGCGAGAAGGUCUCCCUCAUACAUGGGCAAAAUAACUGUACAAAUAACCUCCAUUGUUUUCGAAGAAACGACGGAAACCUCAUCACACGGGAGAGACAACGGACCUGUCUGCACUGCUUGAGUAAACAUUACUUAUGCUUCAUUGGUAAACGGGAGCUGUGACUGUGGAGCGACGGUCUUAACGACGACUUGUUGCGAGGACGGGAGAUGCGGCGGCGGCGGCGGCGGACGGUGCAGAUACUGGUGGAUGCUGAGAAGCGGCUGUAGUUUCAUCACCAACAGCAGCUAUAUGAGUCAACAUGGCCGCGGAGCAGCUCGACCUGCUCAUCCUCUGAGCCGUAGAGCAAAACAAUACUGAGGUAAUGAAAAAUACACGGUUCGUUUUAUGCAUACUCAGAAGGGCAUUUUAAUGGGGAAACACGAGACAAAGAAAGUUUUUGGCUCCAUAUCUACAGCAUAAAUGGCGUUCAUGCCCCGCUUCUCUCGGUCUCGGAGCAGCUCCAGGUCUCCGAGCCGAAAGGAGUCUGAGCGUGACUCCCCGACACUGACGGUGUCCGAGCUGGAGAGGCUGCUGUACACGGGCAAGACGGCCUGCAACCAUGCGGACGAAGUGUGGCCCAGGCUCUACAUUGGAGACCAAAACAUUGCCUCCGACCGCCGUGAGCUGGCCAGACUCGGUAUCACACACAUUUUGAACUGCGCGCAGAGCAAGUGGCGAGGCGGAGCCGAGUAUUACGCGGGAAUGAACAUCACCUACCAUGGGAUCGAGGCUCACGACUCCCCGACCUUUGACAUGAGCGUCAACUUCUAUCCGGCUGCCGAGUUUAUCCACAAAGCCCUCUCGAGUGGAGGUAAGGUGCUGGUCCACUGCACGGUGGGAGUAAGCCGCUCAGCCACUCUAGUGCUGGCCUACCUGAUGAUCAGGCAGAACCUGACGCUGGUGGAGGCCAUCAGAACAGUCAAAGACCACCGAGGCGUCAUCCCCAACCGAGGUUUCCUCCGCCAACUCAACGGACUGGACGGCAUCCUGAGAGAAAGCCGGAAGACAUCACCGCAGAGCUGAAAACCCUCCCACACACACAACCACACACCCAAGCCAAGGUAGCAGCCAUACACACGAAACAGAGACAAAUUCAGAGCAGCAUGUGACUUUCUGACGCCGGAGGCUCUGAGUGGCAAAAGGUGACUGAAUGUCAGACUCUUCAUUUCUUUUUAUCUGUUCAGUCCUUUAACAUGUACUACUGGUGGUGCCCAUCAAGGUCACAGAUUGAUUAGUGGAGGCAAUGACAACCUCACACUCUCCUUUAAAGCAUUCACACAUUCA